UCAGCGACAUUAACUUGCGGUAGAUGUCAAAGUUGCUUCGGGUGCCAGAGUCCAGCUUUACUGACAUUUAGUCACGCACUGAAUGCAAAGACGUGGCUGCUUGACUCGAUUUAACACUAUGCGUGGGAUUUGUCAAUGAAACAAACUUGUUGACGGGUUGAAUGUUAGCUGCAGUGGCUAACAAACCAGCUUGCGAGUUAGCUUCUCGUAGCUUUGCAGUUGUGCGACAGCUAGCUUGUUUUGUUUUUAUCAUAAUUUAACCCAGGAUGUCUCAAUUUGUGGAUUCGGACGAAAACACUCCUUUACUUCGGGACGAACCAAGAAGUGAUGACGUUACUGAUGACGAUUACCAGAACCGAUGGAGGUCGAUCAGAGUCAUGUACUUCACUAUGUUUCUCAGCAGCGUUGGUUUCACCAUCGUAAUAACAUCGCUGUGGCCAUACUUGCAAAAGUCUGAUGAAAGCGCCGAUGCCACCUUCCUGGGCUGGGUGGUGGCAGCUUACAGUCUUGGCCAAAUGGUGGCAUCGCCCUUUUUUGGCCUAUGGUCCAAUCAUCGGCAGCGCAGAGAGCCGCUGGUGUGCUCCAUCGUCAUCAACCUGUCGGCCAAUAUCUACUAUGCCUACGCUUCGCUGCCGUCAACUGGGGACAAGUACCACAUACUCAUUUCACGGGCUUUUGUGGGCUUCGGAGCAGGUAAUGUUGCUGUGGUGAGAUCAUACGUUGCCGGAGCCACGUCGUUGAAGGAGAGGACGAACGCCAUGGCCAACAUGAGCGCGUGUCAAGCCUUAGGGUUCAUCCUCGGUCCAGCUCUGCAGGCUUGCUUGUCGUUCCUCGGGGAAGUGGGCUACACGGUGGACUUCAUCCAUCUAAAACUCAACAUGUACACUGCUCCGGCUUUACUUGCGGCCAUCUUUGGUGUCAUCAACAUCUUGUUGGUGGUCUUGGUGCUUAGGGAGCACCGAGUCGAUGAUGACGGGAGACACAUCCAUGCCAUCAACUACCUCGCGGAAGAUGAGGUGGACCUCAUCGAAGACUCGGAAGAAACCAUCGACCACUUAGCCGUCUUCACAUCGAAUGUCCUCUUCUUCAUUGUCAUGUUCAUUUUUGCCGUUUUUGAGACGAUCGCCACACCUUUGUCCAUGGACAUGUUUGCGUGGACGAGGAGAGAGGCAGUUUUCUACAACGGCAUCAUCAUCUGCUGUAUCGGAUUUGAAUCCAUCCUGGUGUUUCUUGUGGUCAAAAUAGCCGCACAAAAGGUCGGGGAUCGUCCAGUACUGCUCCUCGGUCUGGCCAUCAUAUUCUGCGGCUUCUUUAUUCUACUUCCAUGGGGAAGCCAUUACCCCAAAAUCCAGUGGGCAGACCUUAAAAACAAUUCAUUGGUCAGUCAGCUCUCAUCCAACAGCUCUUUUGAGCCCACCGGCUGCCCGUAUGACCAGACCUGGUGUCAGUACACCCCUGCCAUCUACCUGGCUCAGUACAUCUCCUCAGAUUUCCUCAUCGGUGUGGGCUAUCCGGCUUGCAACGUCAUGUCCUACACCCUCUAUUCCAAAAUCCUGGGACCCAAGCCUCAGGGCGUCUACAUGGGCUGGCUGACAGCAUCAGGGAGCGGCGCACGGACUCUGGGCCCCGUGUUUGUCUCCCACGUGUACACCCUACUCGGACCUCGGUGGGCCUUCACUAUCAUCUGCAUCAUGGUGGUGGCGGCCAUCGUCCUCCUCAGCUGUGUCUACCACAGACUCAUCGCUUUCUCAGUGCGUCACGGAAGGACAAUACAAUGAGCCGGCGCUUUCCACACUGGACCAACUGAAGGACCAAAAAAAGAGUUUGAAAGGGAACGUGUGUGAACGUGCGCACCCAGAUCGGCCACCUGUUUUAAAUCAAGUUACUACAUCCGUUUUUUGUUACUGAUACACUACGACACGCUUUACUCAAUUGCAUUUGUAAUGAACAAAGCUGUGUGAACUGAAUAAUAAUGCAUGUUUUAAUGUCACAGGCGCAUUCACUGGUUAAAAAAAAUGUGACUUAAUAAUGUGAAAAUAUAUGAGUUUUUUUUUUAAACCACAAAUGAUGAUUCGACUGUCAUAUUUUCCACAUUGAAGCUAUUUUUAGUACAUUGUCAAGAAGCUAUGAAUAUGAAGAGAUUUAUAUUUUCUUUCAAUAAACAUACAAAAUGUAAGAUCAGGAA